UGUUCAGUAACGCUAGUAUAUUGGCGGACAGCGAUGUUACUUUGGCUCAGCUCAACGAAAAUGGUACCAUCUCGCUGGAGAAAAUAUUCAGGUAUAGAGUUUCCACCGACAUUAUCGAAGAGCAAAUGGCAAAAUGGAGCUUCGAUGAACGUUUUGUGUUCGAUCCGAAGUUCGUGGAGAACAGACAUAGGAGGAGGAAAGAUUUCAUGGGAACUAUAUUGACGAGUUCUAUAGUCAUCACUAGAAAUGAGUCUUUGAAGCAUUUGACGGACAAAAGAGAAAAGCAUAUCGACAGUAUCGCCAAAGUGAACUAUGUUCUGGUCAAACACUUGUACGAUUUCGUAAACGCAAGCUUCCAUUACACUGUGGAAUCAACAUGGGGAUACAAAAACAACAAAUCUGAGUGGAGUGGUAUGAUUGGGGAACUGACCAAGAACAAGGCUGAUAUUGGAGGCACAGCUCUGUUCAUCACUGCAGACCGCGUUGCCAUAAUCGAUUAUGUUGCAAUGACUACGAAGACCAGAUCAAAAUUCGUGUUCAGGGAACCAAAAUUAUCCUAUGUGACUAAUGUUUUCGUGCUCCCUUUCGAUAAAUAUGUUUGGAUUUCGACAGUCACCUUGGUUUUUCUCACUGGUUUAACACUCUUGGUUAUAGUGAAGUGGGAGAAAAGACGAAAGCAAUUUGAGAUUGGUUCCCGGGUUGUUCAUUUGGAGCUCGAAGAUUCCUUUGCUGAUAUUGCUGUAUUGACUUUUGGUGCGUUUUGUCAGCAGGGAGCUUCCGCCAUACCCUUUAGCCUACCAGGAAGGAUAACUACGAUUUUCCUAUUCAUUUCUCUGAUGUUUUUAUACACUUCUUAUUCGGCAAAUAUCGUUGCUUUGCUUCAAUCUUCAUCCAAAAGCAUUCAGACACUUGAGGAUCUCUUGAAGUCACGCUUGGAAGUUGGUGUUGAUGAUACGGUGUUCAAUCACUUCUACUUUCCAAACGCUACUGAACCAAUAAGAAAAGCUUUGUACCAGAAGAAAGUAGCACCUCCUGGUCAACCUCCAAAAUUCUAUCCCAUAUUGGAGGGAGUGAAAAUCAUGAGGCAAGGAUUGUUUGCUUUUCACAUGGAAACAGGACCUGGUUAUAAAAUUGUAGGUGAGCUUUUUGAAGAGGGAGAAAAAUGUAGCCUACAGGAAAUUCAAUUCCUUCAGGUUCCGGAUCCUUGGUUAGCUAUCCAGAAGAACUCUUCUUUCAAAGAAUCACUCAAAAUAGGCCUCUUCCUCAUACGAGAAAGCGGUCUUCAAAAUAGGGAAAUUGACGCAAUUUAUACAAAGAAACCUGUAUGCACUAAUAGGGGAAACACUUUCAUAAGUGUUGGCAUCGUAGAUUGCUAUCCACCUGCAGUUGUUUUAGCCGGUGGAAUAGUUAUAUCGUUCUGCUUGUUUGUAGCUGAACAUUGUGCUCAUUUGAGGUCCAAGGAGAUGAAGAAACGCAAACGAAAACCUAUGUCGUCUUUUAUAGUUAUCCUCAUCAUAUGUGGUGGAUAUUUGAAAGUGAACUGCUGUGCACAAGAAAAAAUAAAGUUCCUUCGUGAUUUUUUACGUAUGGAAGGACAACCAAAUCAUAUAAAUGCAAUUUUGUGUUGGAAAAAAAAUGAGUUAGCUGCUCUAUCGGGAAUGAGCUAUGGAGAAGGCUACAAGUUCAGGACCAACAAUAACGGUACAAAUUUUCUUAACCAUCCCCUUGACGCUGAAGUCCAAUUGAACAUAAUCGAUACUGUUUGUGCUCAGACCAAAAGUAUACUACAAAACGCCUCCACGAUGGGCCUUUUAAAGAAACCUUUCAGAUGGAUAAUUUUUGGAACAACUUUAGAAAUCGAGUCUUUUGAUUUUCAACCCCUAGUGGACAGUAAUUUUUAUGUUGUGGAAAAGAGCGAAGAUGGAUUUAUUGUAACGGCAAUUUACAAAACUGGUAAUAGUUCAACGAAGUUUCAGCACAACAGAGUUGCCAUAUGGAACAAUGGGAGUUCCUUCAGAAGCUAUCAGUCGUUGAGCAUAUAUGGAUCUCGAAGGAAUUUAAACGGAUCUAAGUUCACCUUUAACUUUUGGGCCAGCAGUCCUAUCACUUAUAAAACCGUCGCAGAAUACAGAUACACACAUAUCGACCCAUCCAUAAGAUUCACAUAUGCAAUAACUGAACUUUUGACUUCGGUGAUCAACGUAUCCAGAUCUUAUUUGAUACACAAUUCCUCCAGCUACUCACUGUUUAUGGUGAUGCUUCAAGAAAUAAGAGAUGGAAAAGCAAUCAUGGGAGCGAUGCCGUUCUUUUUCCUUGGCGAUCGACUCCCAUGGCUUGAUUACAUUGCUCCAAACACCCCUUCCUACCUAUUCUUCAUAUUCAGGGCUCCACCUCUCUCCUACGUCACGAACAUCUUCACAAGACCCUUUCACCAUCACGUAUGGUACUCAUCUCUCAUCCUUUCUGUUUCAACCUUCGUCGUGAUGUACAUUAUUGUUCGAUGGGAAUGGAAAGAAGAAUACUUCAGAAAAAAAAUUCAGGCAUCUCACGACGCUGUAAGGCCUUCAGCGGACAACGUGGCCAUUCUUCAAAUGGGUAUUGUGAGCCAGCAAGGAAGUGACACUGAACUGAAAAGUAUCUCAGGAAGGAUCGCGUUUUUUUCAACCCUGAUCACCUUCAUGUUUCUCUAUACCGCUUACUCGGGUAUGAUUGUUGCUCUUUUACAGUCAACUUCUAGUGUUAUCACCACUCUGGACGAUCUGUUGAAUUCCGGCAUUGAUCUCGGAGUGGAAAAUUUGUCCUAUAUCGUCCUGCACACAGACAAAGCUUCGGAAAGAGUGAGAAGAGAAAUCUACCUCAAGAAGCUCCAACCGAAAGGAGAGAAACAUAAGAUGUCUCUAACAGAAGGCGUGGAAAAAAUGAGAACAGAAUUUUUCGCUUUUCACACAGAAUCCACAUCAGCCUACAAGGUGAUUGGUGAUACGUUCCAAGAAAGCGAAAAGUGUAAACUUCAAGAGAUUUCUUAUGCGACCAUAAUAGAACCUUGGAUAAUUGCUACAAAAAAUCAUUCUUAUAAAGAACUCAUGAGAGUUGGAUUCGUCCAUAUGAGAGAACAUGGAUUUUAUAACGCACAAAGACGAAGAAUCUUCAAUGAAAAACCCAAAUGUACAAGCAAAGCUGGCUCUUUCGUUAGUGCUGGUCUUAUUGAUACUUACGCUGCUUUCUUGUUCUUUGGUGUCGGAUUUGCCAUCAGUAUGGCAUUCUUUAUAGCGGAAUUGAUCAUCAAAAAAAACUGUUUUGCAUAUAAAUAG